AGGAGCUUCGCGUUCUUUUGUUCUCCGUUGGUGGAUAAUAACGUCUUGACUGCUGAAGUUGAAAGAAAAGAAACAAUCUUGCGGCAGAUGGAGACCGAGAGAGCAGAACCCGCUGACGACUCGGAUGCACCUCUCCACCCUGCCCACCAGAUGUGUUCCGAGUCUGACACUGAUGACAGUGAGGACUGGAGAGAGACCAAUAACACUCGGUCAGAUUCCAUCUCUGUUGAGAAUCCUAACGUUGAUGUCAAAGAGGAGACAGAUGAUGCUGAUCACAAAUCACUGAUCGACUCGACAUGUGGGAAGAAAUGCAUCUCGAAAGAUAAAUGGACAGACAGCAAGAAAUCCUGUGGUGCACCUCCGACUUGUUUUCAUUGUGGGACCCAUUUUGAAACCAGAAGGAAACUGUUGACCCACAUGAGAAUUCACACUGGUGAAAAACCUUUCAUCUGCUUUCAGUGUGGAAAACGUUUUUCAAUAAGAGGUCACUUAAAUAGACACAUGAGCAUUCACACUGGAGAAAAACAUUUCAUUUGCUCUUUGUGUGGAAAACGUUUUUCACAAAGCAGCAGCCUCAAGAAACACAUGACAAUUCACACUGGUGAAAAACCUUUCAUCUGCUUUGAGUGUGGAAAAGGUUUUUCAGUAAGCGGUAACUUGAAGAGACACAUGAGCGUUCAUGCUGGAGAAAAGCCUUUCAUCUGCUCCCAGUGUGGAAAAGGUUUUUCACAAAACAGCGGCCUAACGAAACACAUGACAAUUCACUCUGGUGAAAAACCUUUCGUCUGCUCCCAGUGUGGUAGAUGUUAUUCAGAGAGCAACAGGCUGAAGAUUCACAUGAGAGUGCACACCGGUGAAAAACCUUUCAUCUGCUCCCAGUGUGGUAAAUGUUAUUCAGUGAGCAGCAGACUGAAGAUUCACAUGAGAGUUCACACUGGUGAAAAACCUUUCAUCUGCACCCAGUGUGGAAGAUGUUUUUCAGAGACCAACGGACUAAAGUAUCACAUGAGAGUUCACACUGGUGAAAAACCUUUCAUCUGCUCUCUGUGUGGUAAAUGUUAUUCAGUGAGCAGCAGACUGAAGAUUCACAUGAGAGUUCACACUGGUGAAAGACCUUUCAUCUGUUCCCAGUGCGGUAAAUGUUAUUUAGACAGCGGCAGUCUAAAGGCUCACAUGAGAGUGCACACUGGUGAAAAACCUUUCAUCUGCCCCCAUUGUGGUAAAUGUUAUUCAGUGAGCAGCAGACUGAAGAUUCACAUGAGAGUUCACACUGGUGAAAAACCUUUCAUCUGCUUGCAGUGUGGAAAAUGCUUUUCAGAGACUAACGUACUGAAGUAUCACAUGAGAGUGCACACUGGUGAAAAACCUUACGUCUGCUCCAGAUGUGGUAAAUGUUUUUCUCAGAAUUCUAACCUGUCAAAGCAUAUGAAGACUCACAAUGGUGAAAAAGUUUUCAUCCGCUCCCAGUCUGGUAAAUGUUUUACAGGCAGCCACAACCUUGACAAACACAAGAAACUUCACACUAGUAAAACACCUUUCGUCUGCUCCUAGUGCGUAGUAAAAUGUUUUUCAGAUGAACGUUACUUGAAGGGCCAUAUGAAGAUAAACUGGAGAAAACUUUUUAUUUUGUGUACUAAAAAUUCAGUACAAUUUGGUUGUUCAAGGCACGCUGACUGCCCUCGAUGUAGUUUGAUAUUACUUUGGAGCAACUAAAUGAUAAACUCAAGAACUGAAGGGUGGUCCUUAAAUAUGACCUGAUGGUGCACAUAUUUAAGACUUUCUACAAAUUAGGUUUGUUGGACACAUGUCAACUAAUGUCCAGUCAGCCAUUGUAUUUGUGAAGUGAUGUCAUAUCAGUGAAAAACAGGCAAUUGUAGGAUUAUUGAGUCUGUGCUCUCAUUAUCUUUGCAAAAAAUAAUUCAAAAUAUUCUAAUUAUUUGUUGUCAGAAAAAAUACACAACAGAGAGCUACAUGACAUGACAUGCUUAUUCUUCCAUCUGCUUGUGGCCGUGGCCACAGCCACCCUGUGGGAGGAAAAUGGAGAAAACCCACGUGCACACAUGGAUAACAUGCAGACUCUAUGCAGAAAGGCCACCAUUUGAACCCUCAACCUUCUUGCUACAAGGAGAGAGCGCUGACAAUUAGGCAUCCACAAAGGUGGUUUGGCCUUCCUCAUCUUCAUCCUGCUCUAGACAAAGGACACAUGUUGGCACGACCUGCUCGCACCUUGCAGGAUGUGAGGUUUUGGGAAGCCCCGGGUCGACUCCAGAAAGGGGUCAGAUUCGGGUGCGUGCAUCAGAAUGUCCAUGUGUUCGCCGACACUUCCCUGACCUGGCUUCAUGGUCGAAAGGGAAGCAUGUCCUAGUGAGGUUGGACAACACCAUGGUGUUGUCUCUGACCAGACAGGCAAGUUAGGUCGCCUCAGUUGUAUCAAGUGGCAGCCUUGAUUCUCUUUUGGGGGUGCUCUCCAGGACACAUGGGAGUUUUCCCCAGCCAUAAUAACACAGAUGUGGUUCCUCUGUGGCAUGAUGUUGGUGGACCUGUUUUUCUCGCGUCCCGUUCUCGGUCGUCGUCUUCUGGCUUGGAUGCUGUUGAGCCUGGCCACCUUGAUGCACAUGUACGGCACUCUAGGUCACAGGAUUUUUCACCCUCCUUGUAUCCGGUGUCAGCUUUGAUCGUUGGUCAUGUUGGUUUUGGUCAAUCCUCUGCAAGCAGUCACCCAUUGGUUAACCGUUUUCUGCAGGGAGCUCACAGGAUUUGGUCUCUUGUGUGUCACAUUGUUCCUCAAUGGGACCUCCAGAGUGUCUCCGGGGCGAGCUGGUGGUAGUGGGGAGGAGUCAGUCAGGUUGUUUCCCUGCACUCGCAUUCUUUUUUCAAAAUAAUCCCAAGAUGAAAGACACUUCUCUUGUCAAGGUCUUUAAUGUCCUCAAAAAAUCCCCAACAAUUAGGGCACUGCAGUUGGAUGGAGUAUCGAUCAAGAUACAGGAAGGUGAUGAAGAGACGUACGUUCAGUUAGAAAGACCUGAGCUCAGUCUCCAUUAUUAGUGACACACAACUAUGGCAGUAAUGGUGACACAAUGGGGGAAAAAAUCACCAUCUGAAAUCUAGUUAUUAAAUAUGAGAGGUCUCUAUGUGAUAACAGUCACUAAAGCCUUCAAUCAUCCAACAAUAUAAUUUCCACAGGCUUGAGGCUCCAUCGAUAGGCAUCAGAAAUAAUGAUGUACACACGGUGCAAUGUCGACACCCUGCGGGACAGAUGCACUACUACACAACUACACCCUUCUCACACUCGGUGACAGACAUUGCAGAUAUACGUAAACAACAAACAAAAUCAUAAUCUGAAUCCAUUGUCGGUACUGCUCAAUAGGAAUAAAGAAACCCAGCAAGUUAACUUGGGCAUUGUUUACUUCAUGACGUCACGCCGAUGACUGACAGGUGUCAGUGCAGUCCAGCAUUGAUGUGGAAACUCAGUGAGUGCAGAGAGAAUU